AUGGCAUUGGCAUUUUCAAAGAUAUGGCGCCAACGCAGCACAGCUAUUGUGGAUGACUAUUUUCAAUGGGCUAGUGAUGCUGAUGAAAACAGUCAGCAAGAAUAUGAUGCUGCAGCUACAAUUCAAAAAUAUUGGCGACGAUAUGUAUGCCGCACGUAUUUUUUAACCUUGAGUGCUCUUGCUCUUCGAAUACAGCGUGUUUUUCGUGGCCAUCUUGGACGAGUCAAGGCAGCAAAGAUCGCUGUUGAAUUAAGCCGCCAGAGACGCAUAAAAUUCUAUAGCGAUAUGGUCACUAAAAUUCAAAAAGUUUGGCGAGGAUGGUCAAGUCGUAAAAAACAAUUUGAUUUUUAUGCUAGAAAGCGUUAUAUUAUUCAAAUCACUCAAAAGGCAGGUUUUUCACUAGUGUUUCCACUAAACAACUACAUUGAUCAAUUAAUGGAUGACAUGCGCGAGUUGCUCAAAGUAAAAGAAGUUCAACAGAAGGAACUAUUCGAAUCUCAAGACAUUAUUCGAAAAAAAGAAAAGCUAUUACAGAUUGCAUCCAAUAGACAUCAUCUGAUUGGUACAAAGGCUGUACCAGGUGUAUACGCUCGCGUUCAAACCGCCUCGGCUGUUCGACAACCAGACUUUAUAGAUUCAUGUGGCCAUGUAGAUGUCUCGGUUAUUAUCCCCGAAUCAAGACUUCGUCAUAAUCCCGGACUAGACAAAUGGAUUCAUGAGCACAUUGGUAAAAAUCCAAAUUGGAUUCGAAUCAAACCAAUCAAGAUGCCAGAACCUACUGUUUCCGAGAGCGCCAAACCUGCACAGGGCCCAUUUCUGCCAAAAUAUCGAUUGCUUGAAAGAAUCAAAAGGCCGCUUCAUCCUUCAUUGCGAGUGGAAACCAACUACUAUGACUUUCAAACAUUUGCUAGCGAAGAAAAGCGUAAAAAUAUGGCUUUUCGAAUAUCUGAUAAAGCAUUUUCUGCAGGAAAGGUUCCAGAUACUAUUAGCGACAACUACCUAUUGCGAAAAGAGCCAUAUAUUCCUAAAAACAGCGGAUUAUUUGUUAAAGAUUGCACUGCCAGUAAGCGAGUUUCCAUGCGAGCAAAUCCAGAACGAAUGCAUUUCAAUCAGACGUGA